AUGACUGAUAAUGUGACCACUCUGGAGAUCUCACUUAACAUAGAUUGUCUGCCAUUGUUUAAGAGCUCCAGCAAGACUCUUUGGCCAAUUCUAUGUGGAUUCAUGAAUGUUGAGCCUGUUGCUGUCUUUCCUGUUGCCCUGACUUAUGGUACAUCUAAACCAACUGAUUUAUAAUUUUUGCAAGAUACGAUAGAUGAUUUAAACCUUCUUCUAGAGCACGGCCUUGUAAUUGGCGAAAGAGUUAUACCAAUUUCUUUCAGAUGUGUUAUGUGUGAUGCACCUGCUAAGGCACUAGUGAAAGGAACUAAUUUAUAUUCUGGGUAUAUUGGAUGCGAUAAAUGUGCCCAGAAAGGACAAUGGUUUGGUAGAAUGACUUAUCCGGAUACCAGAAAUCUUGAACUGAGAACAGACGUAUCUUUUUGCAACCACUCGAAUAGUCCCCACCACAAGGCCAAGUCACCAUUUAGCCAGAUGCCGAUAGAUAUGGUUGACAUGUUUCCAAUUGAUUAUAUGCAUCAGCUAUGUCUUGGAGUAAUGAAGAAGUUAUUACUGAUUUGGAUUAGGGGAAAUAGGGAUGUGAAAAUUUCUGCCGGCCAAGUUGAAGAAAUAAGUGAAAGGUUAAUUCACCUUAAGCCAGCUAUUCCCAGUUGUUUUGCCCGGAAGCCACGUAGUUUAAGUGAGGUAGAUCAGUGGAAGGCCACUGAAUUUAGGCAAUUCCUUCUGUAUACUGGUAAAAUAGUUUUAGAUGGAAUCCUGAGGCCAGAUCUAUAUGCCCAUUUUAUGAGCCUUAGCAUUGCAAGUAGCAUAUUAGUUAGCCCCUCGCUUGUGCAAACCUACUGGAAGUAUGCCAGUGAUUUGUUGGUUUAUUUUGUUGAACAGGGCAGGCUUUUGUGUGGCAAGGAAUUCUUGGUGUAUAAUGUUCAUUCUAUGCUUCACCUUGCUGACCGAGCAAAAGAGUUUGGCAGUUUAGAUACGUGUAGCAGUUUCCCAUUUGAGAAUUAUAUGCAAAAAUUGAAAAGGAUGGUUCGGUCAGGAAAAAAUCCUAUUGCUCAAGUGGCAAAGCGAUUAAGCGAGAUGCAUGCUAGUAAACUCCCUGAGAAAGUGUGUGAAACAGAAACAUCAACGAGGAUGCCAGAUAAUGCUUAUAUGCUCAACAACAGUAUCUGCUGUGAGAUCCUAGAGAAGGGAAAUCAGUGCGAUGAGAAUGGAAACACCCUCUAUCGGUACAGAGUUUAUGAGCGUUUAAGUCCCUUGUUUGACAGUCCCAGUGACUCCCGAAUUGUUGGAAUUUACCAAGCUAACAAUCGCUAUGCAAGGGUGAAGUUUCUACCUUCAGUCCAUUUUAAACAAAAAGCAAUUAAGGUUGAUGUUGAAGGAGAAGAAACAACAAUCUUCAUGGCAAUCUUGCAUACAGUUUUGUGAAAAAGUAAGAGUGCUGUACUGUAGUACCUCUUGAUAAAUGUAUACAUGCUUAACAACAUAUUUCUUAUUAUAGGUUAACCCAUUGGCACCCCCUGACGAGCAAAAUCAUCUGGCAUUAGACAGAGUGCAAUAAUAAAGUAGGGCGCAUUGCCACUUACUGAAGGGUUAACAGGGUGCAUGUGCAGAUAGUCUGAUUAACGCAUUAAGUGACAACACUCUCCCCAUGACGAGUAAAAUUGUCUGGCGCUAGACAGAGUAAAAUAAUCUGUCGUUAGACAGAGUAAAGUAAUAAAGUUGGGUGCAUUGCCAAUUAAAGGGUUAAACAAUAUUUCCAGAACUUGGAUUGAUUAUGCAAUUAUGAUCUUCAGUUAACAUGUACUUUAUAUAUAUUAUAGAUGAAUAACUUUGCUGUGGUAGAAUUUGUAAAGGAGAAGACUGUAGAGAUUGUUAGAGAAAACUGGAUCGAGACAUGUGAUGGGGUAAGUUAAUAUGUUAAGUUAAUAUGUUGCCAUCAACUAUGCACAUACUGUAUAUUUAAAUUUUACUUUUCAUUUAAAGUUUAUUUGGUUGCAUCACAUCUGUGCCAAGACUGGAGGAUGAUCAUAUUUGAUUAUCAUAUUUCCUGCUUGAUUUAGCAAUGUUAACGUUGUUACUUACUUGCUAGCUAAGCUGGUUCCCACAGUAAGCAUGUAGAAAAAUAACAAACAAUUACAAGUUUAAAAAAUAGCAAAGAAUUACUGUAGCAUGCAAAUAUAAAAUUAUUUAUGGUACAUUACUUAGGAAGUGACUUGUUUUAAAAGUAAUGGGUAGCGAUUUUCCUUUCAACCCUUUAAUAUGCUUUCUGGUAAACUCUUUUUCAAACUAUUUGAACAUGGUUUUGGCGAACUUGCUGUAUGCUCAAGUUGUCACUCUCCCACAUUAUACAGUUAGACACAUUUGGAUUGCUUUUAGCCAUUUGGGGCAUGCAAAAUUUUUAAGUGAUUAACUGAUUAUUCAAUGUCACAAUCGGCAAAAUUGUAAUGUUGGAUCUGCUGUAUUUUUUACAUUGAGAAUUAAGUUUUGGUGGCAGUUGCAGACUUCAAUUGCUGAAUGUUGUGGGCACUAUAAUUACAAAUCAUUGCAAUUAUUAGACAUGCAGUUUAGUUUUUUUGUUAAUAUGUUUAUAGGAUAUAUACUGCUAUUGGCCAAGUACUAAUGCAGGUAAGAAGGUCAAGCGUGGUGACCUUCCCGAUAAGCAGAGAUAGAGGAAAUAUCUAGCGAGGGUAUUCAUGUACACAGGUACAUAGGACUUUAAUUCAUUUUAUUUUGUUUAGACAUCAGUAUAGUACUUACUCUGUGAUCAUAUGUUUAUGAGGCAAACCAAAUUUAAUCCCUCUGUAGUACUGUAUUUGUUGCUUGGCUUGUGUGCUUGUUCGCAAAAUAUGUAUUUACUAAUCAACACAUUAAUGAUAUAGCUGAUCAUGGGAAGGCAUUGAAGUGUUUGAAGCGUGCAGAAGAAACUUCCAAUAUGGAAUCGGAGGAAGAAGGUCCACGUAAACGUAAAAAAUUGCAAAUUCAAUCAGACUCAGAAAUGGGUAAGAAAAUGAUAUAACCUUAUUUGUGACCAGAAUUAUAGUAGAAUAGCAUUUGCAGAAAAUAGCUUGUAAUGUUCCAAUUAUGAUUGCAUUAGAAUUUUUCACCCAGCACUUCUUCCAAUAAAGUUUAAAUCAGCCUAUAUUAUCAAAGAAGAAUGGUUCCAAAGAAAGGCAUUUUUUGUGGAUUUUAUUUUUUUCGAAUGCCAUUUUGAAAACAACCACAAAUGAUAGCUAAUACUAUGAUGUCUCCAGGGAUGAUAACCAGGGUUGCCAUUAGUCCUCUGGGCCAAAGAGUGGAAUGAGGGCAGUAAGGCAAGAGGGUUGUCUGGAAUAUUUGCUUAACCCGGACAAAGCAAACCUACUGUACUGUAUUUUUUUGGUUUUUUUCCAAACAGUGACAAGUGUCUCUAUACACUAUAAUUUGUUCAAAAUUUAUUUCUGCACAAGUUUACCUCAAUGCUAAGUGUUCUAGAUUUCUAGUCUUGGCAAAUGUUUCGAGUGAUCAAGCACUAUGUCAUUCUAAUAUACUUGUUAAAUUGUAGAUAGAUGAUAUUUCUUAUCUGUUUAGACGGCGAGGAGAGUGACUAUGGGGAUCACGAAUGUACUAAUUUUGCCAAGGAUAAUCAGCAAAAUCCUUCUCUUCCAAAGCCACCAGGAUUUUCAAAACAUUCCAGAGUAACUGCUCCACAGAAACACAACAACGCUACAAGUAAGUGGCUUAUUUUUUUGUGUAUUUAUAGCUAAUGCAUGUAUAAAGUAGAGAUUAUAAAUAUAAGAAGUGCACAAGAGAAGCAUGCAGUAAAACAUAAGGCGUUCAGCCAAGCAAAUGUUUGCGAUCUUAGCAAUUACAAUACACUUCAAGUCAAAUUUCCUGUGUUGACAACUUGAUUGGACAUGUAUAAAAUAUUUCUUAAGGUACGUUUACACACUGUGAUUUGUCGUGUAUGAUUCGUAUUCUGGUGAAUGACACUUACUUCGCUAUAACUCCUCUUCAUUUAGUUUACCGCGAAAUUUGAAAUGCAACUACAUACGCCAAAAUACGAAUCGUACAUGACAAACCGCAGCACGUAAACAUACCUUUAAUUAACUUUCAACUGAAAUUAAAACUAGCCCCAUCACUAAAAUUGACACCUAACCAAAUAAUUUGGUUAGCUGUCAAUUUUAGUGAUGGAUUUACAAUAUAAUUCCACUCUACAAUUUCCAUCUACAACUGGCCUCUGUAGUCUGUAGUUCAGUUUGUUAGAGCGCUGCAACGGAAUCAUAGGCCGCAGGUUCAAUUCCUGCCAGGGACCUAAAGUUGCAUUCUUCGCUUGUGUUCCUGGUUAGGUCUAAAGAUUUAAAUUUCCACUCCACAAUUUCUAUCUACAAAUAUUAUUCAUUCGAGUGAGAUGCCACCAAAAUCUUGAUAUUUACAAUAUUUAAUCCACCUUCGCUCACAUGGCUCAAUAAACCAAUCGUGUAUAUUUACAAAUUCACAUUUUAGGAAAUAAAUAUUUUCUUCUACAGGUAUACUGUACUCAUAUUUUAUUAUUUCAGUAACAAAUUGUGUCUCCUCGAAAAGAAAUUGUGGUGCCACUCGCUCCAAGCCAGCUGUGCCUUCAACCCAUGGAGGUCCACCUGUCAUUAAUGUAACUGGUAUGAUUACCAUAUUAUUUUUGGUUUAUUUUUGUUGAUUUGAUGAACAAGAAUAUUUAUGAAUAACCAACCAUCCACUGACACUCUAUUGGUGAAUUUAACUUGCACCUGCAUCUUGGGUAUUCCCUACAUGAAUAUAAGUAAAAAGAACAACUUCUCUGCAACCAACAACUUGUUUUAACCAGUUAAAAUCAACCAACUCAUAAGAGUGCAUCAAAUCUUUCAAGGAAUACUUCGCAUGAAUGAAAGACUUUUAACAUUCUGUGUCAUGUUGCAGGGCAUCAGCAGUCAAUUUCCACCACACUUCCUGGUGCAACGAAUACAGGGACGCGCAUGCUAUCAAGUCUCUUUCCUGCAGAGUCGUUCGAGUUAUUUCCUGAUAUCAUGAGUCAAGGUGAUUUAUAUAAGCUUGUACUUCAUAUUGAUUAAUUGUCAAAUCAAUCUUUUAACAAUGACAACAGAAUUUUGCUUCUGUUAAUUAAAAUGCUCUUGGGGCGAUUAUGCAAUACCUGUACUUAGAUUUGCAGUCAAAUAUUAUUAGUAUUAUUAACUCUUUUAACAAAUACAUUAUUUUUAAAAAUUAUUCGUAGAUCUCCCUGAUUUACAAGGUGAGUUGCCUGAAGAUUUUGGCCAAAGUUUCUCUCCUGGUCCAUCCUUGACAGUCCCGACAGCUACUUUUACAACUAGUCAAGGUGAGUUCUCUGUAUAUGCUGCAGUGUUUUGCUUGUAAUUUCUUUCUGUAACAUGUUGCAGUCUACUAAGUAUUUUAAAAAAGUACGUAGCUCUAAAUUAUCUAAAUAUUUUAGAUGGCUUGCAAAACCGACGAACUACAUCAACACCCAAAUCAUCUGGUUCCAAGGACUAUGAUGGUGUUGUCUUAACGCAAGGAACAAGAGCUUCAGAGAGACCUGUUUCUAGCCCUAAUGUUGAAAGUAAGUGUAUUUAAGAAUCAGAUAAUCGAUCGUCAACAUUCAUUAUGGACAGUUUAGUGAAGACUUCGUACGAUAAAAUGUAACAAGGACUUCCACAACCAAUUCUUGAGACCACGAAAGGUGUUUAUCAUCAAAUACCUAAAAACUGUGAAUAGCUUUUAUAGAGUUUGCAGAUCAGAUAAUAAAUGUCGUUUCAUGACGUUGAACGUAUGCUUCCUUUCUUCUUCAUGGCGAUUAUAACCGUACGUGUUAUUUGGUUUCAGAACAACUAUUUAUGAAGUAGCUAACAAGAGGACGCCAUUGCUCUGCUGUUCCCCAAUAUUUGCAACCAUGCAAGAUUUUUACGUGUGUGUGGGCAUUCACGAUCUUAUUUUGUAUAGGUUUUCAAAGAACUGUGCUCGUGAAGCUGGACACGAUGCUUGAAAACCAAAAACAAGCUCUGUCCUUGCUAAGAAAAUUGGUGGGUGCAUCAAAAGCAUCAGCUGGUGGUGAGCUGUUGGAGGAUGUCAUCAAUAAACAAAUGGACUCUCCCAAUGACCUGAAGUCAGUUUGCGACAAGCUGGUUGAAGAUGAUACUUUUAAGGCGAAAAUGGUAAAUAGGGAUUCAAACUAA